AUGGUUUUCGCAUACUUGAUGGCAUUUUUGGAUAAACAGACUCUCAACUAUAGCGCGUUGAUGGGACUCCGUGAAGAUCUCCACUUGGUUGGAACACAAUACAGUUGGAGCUCGAGCAUCUUCUACUUUGGAUAUCUCAUAUUCAGUUUUCCAGCCUCCCUUCUGAUGGUCAAGUUUCCCCUUGGAAAAUAUCUUGCCGUGAACUUCAUGCUAUGGGCAAUCAUUCUUGCUUGCCACGCAGCAACAACAAACUUUGCCACCUUCAUGGUCACUCGAUUUCUUCUGGGAUGCACCGAAGCUAGCAUGUCCCCGGGGUUCACUCUCCUAACCUCCCUUUGGUACCGCACAUCUGAGCAACCACUGCGCUCAGGGAUAUGGUUUUGCGGAAACUCACUCUCGCUUAUUUUCGGUAACCUUAUCGCCGCGGGCAUUAUACACAUCAACAGCAAGCUCGCAUCGUGGCAGUGGCUGUUUAUUAUCUUCGGCAUUAUUACAUUCCUAUUUGGUAUUGUGAUGCUUCUGCGUUUACCAGACUCGCCCACUGAUGCGAAAUUCUUAACCGAGGAGGAGAGAGUGAUUGCCGUUGAGCGGCUGAAGGAUAAUAAAGCCGGAUUCAAAAACAACGAAAUUGACCGGGGCCAGAUCCUGGAAGCAUUCAAGGAUGUCAAAACCUGGCUUUUGGCUAUGCUAAUGUUUGCUUGUAAUAUUGCGAAUGGAGGUUUCACAACGUUCAACGGACUUGUUCUGGAAGGAUUCGGCUUUGACCUAUUUCACACCUUACUCCUGGGCCUACCAGGUGGUGUGAUUGUGUGUAUAUUCGUUUUCAUAUCGGGCUAUGUCUCAUCAAGAGUGAAGGGUAGCAGGUGUAUCGUCAUGGCUGUCAUGUUUCUCAUAAGUAUUCUUGGAAGCUCCCUCGUCUACGCAGGGGGAAACAUUGCCUCUCGCUAUGCUGGUCUUCUCCUCAUGGGAAUCUACUCCGCCGCAAUGCCGGUAUCGAUGGCAAUGAUUAGUUCGAAUGUGGGUGGUUUCACUAAAAGAGCCACAGUCAGUGCGAUCUAUUUCAUCAUGUAUUGCGCGGGAAAUAUUGUUGGACCCCAGCUCUUUUUUGCACGCCAAGCACCAAGAUACGAGAGCGGAUUCUUGGCUAUUAUAAUAUGUUUGGUUGCUACUGUUGCUAUUAGCCUGAUAAUGCUGUUCUAUCUCAGAUGGGAGAAUAGCCGACGGGAUAAGCUGGGGGUCAGUGGAGACUGUGUUACUAACGAAAAGGCAUCUACGAUAGUAGCGCAUGGGGGACUUUUGGAUAUCACUGAUGGGAAAAACAAGAAUUUCAGGUAUGUGUAUUGA